AUGUCUGACGAAAAGGAAAAGUUGAGACAGAAGUAUGAACUAGAAGACAAAGAAGCUUCUUCACUGCUGAAACAAUUGCCUGAUGCUCCACCAGCGUAUGACGAUGUACAACAGGAACAAAAUCCCUAUGGAAAUAGCUAUCAACAACAACAACUGCAACCACCACAGCAUCAGUUUGGAUAUGGGAGUCAAAACUAUCCACCUCCACAACCAAAUCAACAACAUUACCAACCAGAUCCGAUGCAAGAUCCAAAUGUUUACAAAAUCCAACCAGAUUUAGUAAACAUUAAUUAUUCACCUCCAGAACAUUUAAAUCCUCAAUAUCAAGAGUUUAAACAAAAUCAACAAGCCAAAAUGGCACGUGGUGAAUUUAGUGCAGUCAACUCAAAACCGAAUAUAAAUAAAGGUCAUACUUCUCAAAAGACUAAAAUCCAACUGAGUUUUCCUGGAGCUAGCGGUGCUACUUAUCAUAAUGCUGCUAAUAAUCAUUGA